AGUGGAAAGUGGAGAGAUGUGGGCUCUGCUUUAGGGGAUCUCCCUUUCUGAGAGCAAAUGAGUCUGGGCAUGCCUUGCCUGGAGGAAAGGAGGAGGACAAUGGGGAGUGACCAGAGGACACAAAAGUGAAGAGAUUUGCUUCCUAUAUCAUGCAUGACUGGCUCUCAGAACAGAUGGCAUCUAGGCGAAAUCUUUCUGCAGAGUGAAGAUAAUCAACAAAGAGACACAAAAUCUGCAACCUCAGAUACUCAGCAUAGUCCCUCUCCUCAGCUCAGGUUAGGAGGCACAAUGGAAAUUCCCAAUCUUUCAGGCUCCUUUCUUUCUAAUUUUGUGAUUGCUUUCAUCCUCCUUCUCAAGAAACCAAUAUUGACUUCAGGACAAUUUUCAGUGAUUGGACCUGCAGAACCUAUCCAAGCCUCACUUGGGGAAGAGGUAGAAUUACCAUGUUACCUGUCCCCACCUCAGAGUGCACAACACAUGGAAGUGGUCUGGUUGCAAUCUACUCGGGUGGUACAUCUCUAUCAAGGUGGAGAUGAUCACUUUGGAGACCAGGCCCCUAAUUACCAAGGGAGGACAGAACUGGUGAGAGAUGAUAUUACAAAUGGAAAUGUCACCCUGAAGAUACGAAAUGUGAAGUUCUUAGAUGCAGGAAAGUACAAUUGUCUCUUUGAGGAUGGUUUUCACCAAGAAGAAGCUAAUGUGGAGUUGAAGGUCUUAGGUAAAGAAACUCAGAUACCACCUUUGCCACCAACAUACUUUUUGAUCCUUAUUGUGCUUUGUGUGGUGAUGUAUUUGAUUUUUGUUAUCUGUAUGCUGCUAUUCCAAGUAUAUUUUUACAGGUUACGUCCCUGGAUUGGUGCAAUUAAUGGGAUUCUGAUUCAGCUUACAACAUUUGAAAUUGAAAUGUGUCUUUUUUAUUUGUGGUCACGGCACAGAUGCAGAGGGUUUUUUUUUGAUGAAACAUCAUUUUGGAAAGAAUGGAAAUUUGCACUUGCAAGUUUUUUGCUUAUAAUUACAAAGAAUAUUCCCUUUACACUUCAAAUAAAGUACUACUAUCAACAAAAGUGCCAUCACAGCACCAAAUCAGACUCCAGAGAUGACAAUAAGGGAACCAGAUGGAAGUUUGGGGAGCACUGUUGCAUCAAAAUAUGGAUAACUCAAAAUGGAAGGCCUAGCAAUGGUAAAUGAGGAUGAGAGUUCUCUGACUGCUGAAGCAGAAGAGCUAAUUACUCAUCAGAUCAACAAAAGCUCACUCUCUUUUUCAUUCUAGUUUUGAAGCAUGAGGAAUAUUUUAUAUUACAAUGGAAAAGUAAGAUCAGGAAAGAGGGGAUUUCCCAUUUCCCACACAGUUUCCAUUAUCACAGAGAUUAUAUAGACCUCUUCAUCAUUAUGUUUAUUCUUUCCUGACCUUGGGUCAACAAGUUUCCCAUGUUGGAGUUGUCAAAAACUCCUACAUCAAAAGUUUCAGAGAAAAAUUUGAAUUGACCCCAGGCUAUGAGAAGUUCAAAAGAAUUCUUAAAAUUAA